AUGCUUUGUGUGUUGCUUGGUUUGUAUAUGCUGCCAAGAGUGUAAGCAACAUUUACUGAGCCUGCUACUUGGCAGGCUCUAUGUUUAUUAAAAUUGUAGUUUUUGCUUAUUGACUGUUUUUUUGACACAUCCGUCUUGUUCAUCAUUGUAUCUCUAGCACCUAGCUUGAGGCUUGCUGCAUAUUAUAUUAGCAAUGAAUAUUUUUUGAACAAAUGAAUGCAUGAAACACAAUGAGUUAAGACAGGUUUUUGUUUUCAAGUAUAACAUAGUCUGGGGGAAGAAGGAAUGACAGGAUGUGGUGGGUCCUAUAGGAGUGGGUGUUACCAGAUUCUGAUGCUGUAGAAUAAUAAGCUGUUAAAAAUAUGUAAUCUUAUGUUUCAGAAGCUAAAACACAGUAUGGGAACUAUUAGAGGCUCGGAAGUUCUCACUACCCAGUAGACUUAUAAGUUGAACGGUGUCUGAGAAAAAAGAGAAUAGAAGUAACAGUAGGUGAAGGGUCCAGAAGUGAAACUCUUUGAGGAUAGGUGGAAAGACUGUAUCUGUGUGUUGCCAAAGAGUAACAGAGACUGGUAUAGGACUUGAGAAUCAGGUAAUGCUGUUGGCCUCAGGAACAGAACUAAGAAGAUUCCCAGAUAGAGAUGUGGCAUGAAUGUGAACAUCAUAAUUGACGGAACAUGGCCACAAGAGGAAGGGGGGCAUUGAGAGACAUUCCACCACACUCCCUACUAUAGCCAUUGGUAUUGGAAAAUGAAUACCACAGUUAUUCACUGAUAUUCCUUAAAAGAGUAAAUAUAUUUUCCCCAAGUUGCCUAAUACUUCUAUUCCUGUGGUGCUGAUAUAUUAAAAGAGGCAAUUUAUUUUUAUUUUUAUUUCUUUUAUUCUUUGCCUAUGCUUGCUCAUAAAAGAGGUAAUUUAGACACUUCUAAGAGUAGAAACUGGUGAGGGCCAUAAACUGACCUGAACUUUAAAGGUCCAAUCCUUAGAUCCUAGACCCAGCUCUGUCACUACCCAACUGCUUAACCUGGAGAGUUGACUUGUCAUUUGGAGACCUUGUUUUCUCACCUUAACACAGUGUUAAACACUUAGAGUUUCUCUUACCCUAAAGUGGAAUUAUUUUGCCAGUUUUCUCAUUCUGACCAUCCAGUACAAUCUUAAGAACAUUUUAAUAAACUUCUCCACUUUUCAAAAGUUGAGGAGACUUUGGAAUCUGAGGGCAGAUUCCAAAACAUCCCAGUAUGUUCAAUGGGAACAUACUGCUGUUUCAUGGGAAACAAGGUUGAAGUUUGCUUUCCAGACUCAAACAUGUCUUAGGACAUUGGCUAGGAUUAUCCAGAGGUAGAUUGGGACUUCAGUUUUUCUUUCUGCUUUAUUUAAAAGAAGGACAGGGUUCUUGACUUGAAUAAUUAAUUUUGGUUGGGUACAGUGGCUGACACCUGUAAUCUCAAUACUUUGAGAGGCAGAGGCGGGAGGAUCACUUGAGCCCAGGAGUUCAAGACCAGCCUGGGCAACAUGGCAAGACCCCAUCUCUACAAAAAUAAAAGAAUAUUCACCUAUUGUAAGUUUAACCAAGAAUCUUUGAUUCUGUCAUAUCCUUAAAUAUUAUGCCAUUGUGUCUGGAUUACCGUGUAGUAUAAGUAAAUUUCCAAGCAUGAAGAGGGAAGGAAAACGUCCUUUAUUGAGGAUCCAACUGAAUAUAGAGAAAACAAAUUUUACACAACUGUAAUCACUGCAGUCAUUUGGACAAAUUAGCAAACCCAAGUUUUGCUUUAACUUGGGUUGCCUUAAUAAAGAUGUUUUGGGGCUUAACGGCACAGUUGCCUAACUCUCUACUUUAUUCUGUACUGUUCAGACCUGGCGAGCAUUUCACCAUCAAGCUCUUGCACCAUGAUUGACAGGGACACUUUUACUAGUCCUCCUGAAGAAUGAAUAGUUACUCAACGUAGAUUAACCAGAUAUAUAUUUAUUUUACUCAAGAUAAGUAUAAUUCAGAGAAUUAUUGCCUUCUAAUGUACUAAUUGCCAUGUGUAGGGGCGUCUUUGAAAAUCUGCAAUGUCACUGCAAUUCUACUAGGCCAUUCAUGUGACAAGACCUGCUCCCACAUCUGUAAUUUGGCACAGCUAGUGUUUCUCCUUGCCAAAAAGGGCAAAGGCCUUGAGCAAGAAGCCAGCUUUUUUCCUGAUUACAAAACUGACCACAAUUCCUCGCCAACCUAAUAGCGUAUAAGUCUUUUUUUCUGGUAGUGUGUUCUUCUUACAGAGAACUCCAUUUUUUCAUUAUGACACAGCACUUAUCAUUUAAACAUCAAUUGAUGUUCAGACAUCAACUGAUGUAACAUUGCUGCAGUUGCAAUUGAUGGAUAAGCUGAAGUUUUUAAGAGAACAAACUGUGACAUAUAAAAUUGAAACCACAUCAAACCCUUCUUCAUUCUCUCAACUAUUUAAUUUUACAGAAUUUGGAUAGCAGUCAGUAUCAUUUUGGGCUUCACAAACAGUAGAAUAAAUACCUUAGGAAUAUAACAUUUCAGUAGCAUGCUGAUACCAAUGUUUAAACUAUGGAUACAUAUUUGAAUUCCGAAGUUUUCUUCAGAUAAUGUGAUUAGAGAUUCAACCAGGAAUAGACACCAAAAGAAAACUUUGCCCAAAUAAGCUUUCUGGUAUUUCAUAAGCGAGAGAUUUAAAGUUUUCCAUUUAAUAAGCAAUUGAUGUGAAUUUUAUGACAAUAAAAAUGCAAGGCGAUAUUGAACAGUCUCCGCUCUUAUAAUUCUAAAUACUGUACAGUUCACGCCCCUCACAAGACACUCAGCAUGUGGGUCACUGGCGAGACAGUGUGGCAAUAUUAUUUUCCCUGUAAUGUACCAAGUCUUGCCAAAGCAGUGAACAACAUUAUGACACAACAUUUUGUCAGAGCUGGCUCCUAACAGGACAGUGCCAGCCAAUUCAGGCCCAGUCCUUUCUGUGUUUAUUCCCAUCUCUCCCAAAUAUUUGGAAACUGAUGUCUUAACUGAUGGGUGUAUUCACAAAUUCUGUUACUUCAAGUCUUUUUCUUUCAACGGAUUGAUCUUUUGCUAGAUAUAGACAAAAUAUCAGUGUGAAUUACAGCAAACCCCUAUUCCAUGCUGUUAUGGGUGAAACUCUGGGAGAUUCUCCAAUUGACCCAGAAAGCGAUUCCUUCACUGAUACACUGUCUGCAAACAUAUCACAAGAAAUUACCAUGGUUGACACAGAGAUGCCAUUCUGGCCCACCAACUUUGGGAUCAGCUCCGUGGAUCUCUCCGUAAUGGACGACCACUCCCACUCCUUUGACAUCAAGCCCUUCACUACUGUUGACUUCUCCAGCAUUUCUACUCCACACUAUGAAGACAUUCCAUUCACAAGAACAGAUCCGAUGGUUGCAGAUUAUAAGUAUGACCUGAAACUUCAAGAGUACCAAAGUGCAAUCAAAGUGGAGCCCGCAUCUCCACCUUAUUAUUCUGAGAAGACUCAGCUCUACAGUAAGCCUCAUGAAGAGGCUUCCAACUCCCUCAUGGCAAUCGAAUGUCGUGUCUGUGGAGAUAAAGCUUCUGGGUUCCACUACGGAGUUCAUGCUUGUGAAGGAUGCAAGGGUUUCUUCCGGAGGACAAUCAGAUUGAAGCUUAUCUAUGACAGGUGUGAUCUUAACUGUCGGAUCCACAAAAAAAGUAGAAAUAAAUGUCAGUACUGUCGGUUUCAGAAAUGCCUUGCAGUAGGGAUGUCUCAUAAUGCCAUCAGGUUUGGGCGGAUGCCACAGGCUGAGAAGGAGAAGCUGUUGGCGGAGAUCUCCAGUGAUAUCGACCAGCUGAACCCAGAGUCCGCUGACCUCCGGGCCCUGGCAAAACAUUUGUAUGACUCAUACAUAAAGUCCUUCCCGCUGACCAAAGCAAAGGCGAGGGCGAUCUUGACAGGAAAGACAACAGACAAAUCACCAUUCGUUAUCUAUGACAUGAAUUCCUUAAUGAUGGGAGAAGAUAAAAUCAAGUUCAAACACAUCACCCCACUGCAGGAGCAGAGUAAAGAGGUGGCCAUCCGCAUCUUUCAGGGCUGCCAGUUCCGCUCUGUGGAGGCCGUGCAGGAGAUCACAGAGUAUGCCAAAAGCAUUCCUGGUUUUGUAAAUCUUGACUUGAAUGACCAAGUAACUCUCCUCAAAUAUGGAGUCCACGAGAUCAUUUACACAAUGCUGGCCUCCUUGAUGAAUAAAGAUGGGGUUCUCAUAUCCGAAGGCCAGGGCUUCAUGACAAGGGAGUUUCUAAAGAGCCUGCGAAAGCCUUUUGGUGACUUUAUGGAGCCCAAGUUUGAGUUUGCUGUGAAGUUCAAUGCACUGGAAUUAGAUGACAGUGACUUGGCAAUAUUUAUUGCUGUCAUUAUUCUCAGUGGAGACCGCCCAGGUUUGCUGAAUGUGAAACCCAUUGAAGACAUACAAGACAACCUGCUACAAGCCCUGGAGCUCCAGCUGAAGCUGAACCACCCUGAGUCCUCUCAGCUAUUUGCCAAGCUGCUCCAGAAAAUGACAGACCUCAGACAGAUUGUCACGGAACACGUGCAGCUACUGCAGGUGAUCAAGAAGACAGAGACAGACAUGAGUCUGCACCCCCUCCUGCAGGAGAUCUACAAGGACUUGUACUAGCAGAGUCCUGAGCCACUGCCAACAUUUUCCUUCUAGUUGCACUAUUCUGAGGGAAAAUCUGACACCUAAGAAAUUUACUGUGAAAAAGCAUUUUAAAAAGAAAACGUUUUAGAAUAUGAUCUAUUUUAUGCAUAUUGUUUAUAAAGACACAUUUACAAUUUUUAAUAUUAAAAAUUAUCAUAU